AUGGGUUUCCCUGACUGUGCCCAGCUGUCCUUUCAGGGUCACCAAGCUCAAUACCAGGUGACUAAUGGUGAAGAACUGGUGACCUCCAUAUGGAACAAGAGGAGACAGUUACUCUCAUGCUCUCUGGAUGAAGAUGCUGAAACUGUCAGACAAUUUCUCUCCCAUUGCCAUAGGAAAAGACAAGAUAGUAUGUGGGACCCUGACUUUGGAGGUUUUGCAGAAGUCAGGAUGGCAUGCUUGAUCUUCUUGAGUGCAGAUACUUCUAGAAAGACAGACUUCAAAAGGCAGCAUGUCAGAGUCAAGAGGGGUUUCACCUACCCAGGAACACUCUGGUGUGGAGCAGGGAACAAUGCUGAAAAAGAAAAUGAUCUAGGUGAGCAUAAAGAGACAGAUGCGUGUUGUAGGACUCACGAUCACUGUGAACAUGUCAUCCAUCCCUUUACCUCCAGCUAUGGCUACAGGAACUUCCUCUGGCAUACCAUCAGUCAUUGCCAAUGUGACAGAAGGUUUAAAGACUGCCUUCGAAGGGUGAAUGAUACGGCUUCCCGGGUUGUGGGACAGGCGUUCUUUAAUGUCAUCCAGGUGCAAUGCUUUGAGUUCACACUUCAGGAGCAGUGUGUGGAGCGACAUUGGUACGGCUGGUGCAAAAAGUACAAAAAUGAAACCGUUGCCGUUCUCAGAGAGUCUGGACUCUAUGAUUAUGGAGGAAAUAUUAUAGAUGCUGCUAUAACUCCGAAGGACAAAGAACCUAGUCAAAUGCCAUCAUUAGAGCUACCACCAGGACAACCGACUCUGGGAAAAGUCAUGCAAGCCACUGAGGAUCUCCUGAAGAUCAUGAUGACAAUUAGCCCAACCACUGCCCAUGAUCAGAGCACGAUAAAGAAGAAGAAAGACAAACCUAAGCAGAAAGAGAGAAAGAACAAAAAGGGAAAAGGUCUUAAAGGUAAAAGAAAGAAUCGGCUCAAUAAAGAAAAUAUCAAAUCUCCCUCAAAAGACAUCUGGGGUGAAGAGACUGUCAAAAAUGAGAGGGCGUCAGUGGCCAACACACCACUAGACUCCAUAGUGGACAUAGGACACAGACAGGAUCCAUUCAAUGAUAUCCUUAAUGAUGACCCUAUGAGGAACGUAGAUUCUACGACUACAACCAUUGCCCCUACUGUAAAGCACGAAGAAUUCAAAAGUAUGACAACAUCUCUUCCACAAGAAUCAAGACCCUGCACUGAGAAGCCUAAAAGGAAAAACAGGAAAGAAGGAAAGGGUAGAAAAGAAAGAAGGAAGAGACCCAAGACAGUGUCCUGUGUCCAGCAGGUGUAUAGUGGAGCAUGA